CUUCGUGAGCAGCGCACGUGUGUUGAUAAACAGAAAUCUGACGCAAGUGGACCGGCUUUCUCGUCGGUGUUCCGGUAGAUUUUCGGACUCAAAAUGCUGCUCCAGAUUCGGAAAGUGAGCUUGCUCCUGCGACGAGCCAAACACAGCAAGUCCCACUGGUCCCAAGUGCAGAAGAAGCAGUUCGCCCGGGAUCGGGCGCUGGAGAACUUUGACGACUUUUACGGCCAGGUGUACGGCAACCGGUGGAAGAGCAUCCGGGUGGCGCUGCUGAGCGAGCACAAGUACAUGGCUUUGGUGAAUCAGUUUGGCGACUGCGAGCGGACCGUGGCCGAGCUGGAGGCGGACGGAGCGAUUAAUUUGCGGGAGAUUUACGCGGCCAAGAAGCGCUCGUUGAGUGGGCGGUUUGAAGAGCGGGCGGGUGGGGAUAAGAUUUUCAAGAUGGACCAGCGGAUUGAGGCGUUUGCGGAGAACCGAGAGCGGCAGGAGAUGGAGCGGUUGUACAAGGAGGACGUGCCGGAAGUUGGGACUAGGGAAGAGGUUGAAGCGAAGGAGGAAGGAGCUGUGGAUUUCAAAAAAUCUCUUAGCAAAACGUUGCAAGACGAUAAGGAGAUGGACUUUCAGCGAAUAAUCGAUCCAGAUUUUGGAACGUCCGCGCUUCACGAAUUUAUUCCGGCAACGAAGCUGAAGGGAAUGGAAGAUUACGUUCCGGAAUCGGACCACUAUAAAUACUACAGCAACAGCGCCGACUUUCCCGUCACGAUCGAGAUGGAAAACAGUUUCGAAAUCCCCCAAAACUUAGACAUUUACACCUACGAGCGCGGCAACUGUUCCGACUUCCGUCCACCUCGAAACUGCUCAACCGGAGUUCUGUCCCAUUUCCUCCUGGACGGAGCCUCAAUCCUCCCAGCCCUAGCCCUAGACGUCCAACCGGGUGACCGCGUCCUGGACGCCUGCGCCGCUCCAGGCGGCAAGUCCCUGCUCCUCCUACAAACCCUCCGCCCAGGAACGCUCGUUUGCAACGACGUCCAGGAAAGUCGCGUGAAUCGCAUCCGAAAGCUCAUGGGCAGCUACCUGUACGACUUUAGUGAAAACUGGAAGCAAAAACGGUGCUUCAUCACGCACGGAGACGCUCGCAAUCUCACCGAGUACGACAUGUACGACCGGAUCCUGGUGGACGUUCCGUGCACCACGGAUCGGCACUCGGUCAUGGAGAAUGACAACAAUAUUUUCAAGUCGAGUCGUGUGAAGGAGCGGCUGAGGCUGCCCGAGUUGCAGGCGGGGCUCUUGGCGAAUUGUUUGCGGCUGUUGAGGCCGGGAGGGUCGUUGGUUUACUCGACGUGCAGUCUGAGUCCGGUGCAGAAUGACGGUGUGGUCCACAUGGCGCUGAGCAACGUGUUUAAUGACACCGGGAUGACGGUGACGGUGAGAGACCUGAGCCAGGUGAUGCAACCCUUCUCGGACAUGUACAAGUUUGCGUACCCAAACACGCUCAAGUACGGCCAGCUGGUGCUUCCGUUCCUGCCCGUCAACUUUGGUCCGAUGUACUUUUGCAAACUGGUGCGAAAUAAUUAGAUAAGAUUGCGAGUUGUUUUAGAAAUGUUUAUUUUAGUGAAAGUAGAAAUAAAGUAACAUGAAAAAUUUAUCACA